CAUGAAUGCUGACUGGCUCAUAUGCUUUCUACUCAUACCGAAAGUGAAAGUACGGCAGCGAGCAGGCUGGAAUUCCCACAGUUCAUUCAGUCAGUUGUAUUUUUGCUGGCGUGGAGCUUGUUCUGUUCGCAGGCGCUGAAAGCCACGGGAAGCCACAGCUCUUGACUGCCCCUUCGUUGUCCUACAAGCCGACCAACGACAUGCUGUAGGUAAACAAUGAUGACCUCAGCUGCUAUCCUGUUGUGGUUGCUAGUAGUGAUCUGUGCCAGUGGACAAAUUGCAGUGACUGAUUUUGUGAAAGUGGAAUGCAAGACAUACAACGUGGGACAAUACGGUCAGCAAUCUAUGCUGGACUGUUGGAUCGCAACCUCAAAAGAGGUUAAAGAUCCAACGGUUAAGGUGGUUGUAUGGAGGAAAGCUGGACACCCCGUGCUGGUUUUUGAUGUGACAAUCCAGACGGCAUCCAGAUUUUCCUUUGCCAAGCCAUCAUGGAGUCACAAGAACAUGAACGUGUCCCUGCUCAUCGCUAACACUUCAGUGGCUGACGAAGGAGAGUAUACAUGUAUGGUGAUAACUGAUAGCGGCAAGCACAGCAGCUCAACCAACCUUAAAGUCACAGCUAAAUACAGCACACCCAUCAUCCACUCUACCCCCAAGUCACAAGCCACCUUGACCUGCAACUCGAAUGGCGGCUACCCCAAGGGCAGACUUGGCUGGUUUGUUGGACCCAACAGGCAGGAAAAGAGCACUGAAACCAAUGCCAAGGAUGCAGAAGAUGGACUAUUCAACCUCUCCAGCAAUCUGACUUUGUUGCCAGGGUCGGAAUCCUCUGAGUACACUUGUGUGGUGUUCAAUGGCAAUGAUGGCAAAGACGAUGAGGCCACAUUGCAACUGAAGUCCCAUACCGAGCGUCAAGGGCGCGGACAAGAUCAACCAGGCACUGGUCUGGCCACCAGAAUAGUGGCGCCACUGGUGGUUAUUGGUGCAAUCAUCAUUGGAUUGCUGCUGUGGAAAAAGGUCAGCAGGCGCUGUUUUAAAUGCAGGACCCACAGAAUGGUCGCUCAAGAUGAAGAAGCUGCCGAGAAUGCGGAACCAGAUGAUCAACUUUCACUAGAUGCCAAGAAGGACCCUAAAUGAGGAGGUUUAGCUUACACUGACCUAUCAACAGGAACCAGCAUUUCCAUGACAAGGAAUCAUUUGUAUUAUGGUGAUUAUACAACUCAACCGUGAGAUAUUGAUUCAAUGAAUGAUGGAAAGAAGUUGAGACUAAAUGAGACUAUUGAAGUCUCAUUUAGACUCUAUCGAACUGCGACUGUGUGUGUGUGUGUGUGAAUGCUAAAAUAGCCCCUGCCGAUAUUCACUAAAUAAGUAUUAUAUUCUCAUGAGAACCAUAAAAAACAGCAACAGUAUCUACUGCCAACUGAAUAAUUCUUACAUUCAAUUUAUAUUUUUUGUUUAAUUUUGAACAUUUAAAAAAAAAUUUGGAAAGCAGUUUGUAGCUCUUUAUAGUCCAUUUUUACAUCUUGGGUUUGGAACAUCGGACCUGAAAAAUCUGUCGCUUGAACUUUUCGGUGCUAUACUUUUUUGCUCAUAUUAUUAUCAUAUCAUCAUCAUAUUAUUAACACACUGCAUGAGUCCAACAGUGUGUUUUUAAAUCAUCAAAUGUCCUGUUAGCAUCCUUAGCUUGCUAAUCAAUGGCAACCAAAACCGUAAGUCAGCAAUUAAAAUGAAGCUUUCUUUUACUUUCAUUGAAGACGUGAUUGUUGCCAAAGACACUAUGCGGAAGCAUGACACCCCAUGGACACCGCCUUCCUGUUUUGCAUGAGCUAUUUGUUGAAUUCAAUAAUGUUUCUGGAAGGUGUUGAUCUCACUGCCACAUGUGUGUAUAUAUACGUAUAAAUAAGUACUUGUCUUUUACAGAGCACGGAAAUGCAUUACUGGGUCUCAGGAGGUAAUAUUUUAGUUACUUCAGUGAAUAAACAUUGAAACACUUAAAAAGGCAACAGGUUUAUCAACUUGCGAUGUUUUAAAACCUCCGAAUCUGUGUCCUACUGUUGCAUAAGCAGAGUAAAUGUAGCAAAAACACUGCAAUUGGCUGCCCGAGAUACACUGAGCCUCAUAUUUGCUUAUAAAGUAGUAUCUUUUCACACAUAAUGUAAACUAGAAAGUUUAAUUCUAGCUGCUGACAUUUGUGCCAAAAAAACAAAAUGAGUGCCAUCAACUUGGAUGAAACUUCACCACGUUGUGAAUGACAGAUUCAACUUCUUCAUGCAUGCUGUUAAUUGCUGUAAUUUCCGACGCCACUUGCUCAUUAUUCACGGGCAACAACAACUGUUUGUGUGUGUUCUCUUUCACUUUCAUCAUAACUCAGAGAUCCCGUCAGUGAGAAGGCUCGCUGUAUGUGGGUGGGGAAAGUAGCCUCUCAGGGGGCCAAAUUUCUGGCGGUGGUCCCGGUGAGAAAUCAGAAUGUUAAACAGACAGAGACAAAGAUACCACUCAGCAUUUCCCGCAUUUUUGUACAUGAAUAAAAAGCCCAGCA